AUGGAGCUGUCUGAUGUGUGAAACGUCCUCGCGUUUCCCAUCGCAGCUUUUGCGGGGCGCGGCGAUGCUGGAGCUGCGUUGUAACGUCUGCCGGCAAUGGUGAGCUAAACGGGAGGGGAUGAGUGGUGGGUGGAUCGAUAAUGUCCGGCCGGCUCGAUUCAUCCCCGUCUCCAGCCUGGGAUAAAGAACGUGGGGAGUGAAAUAGACGCGCAUGUUGGAAUCACGUUAGGAGCUGCCAGCCGAUGCGAUCUUGAUGCCUGAAUGAAAAUACCGAGUUCCCAGUGCAAGCUGCAUCACGGCCGGAUAUUAGUUUUCCAGUUCCGGGAUACAGCGGUUCAGUUCCCGCCAGUUCCUCUGCGCUAUGCGUAUUAUGGGUGCUUUACAUCAGUCGUGGAGUCCCCACAGAGACAAUCUCACAGUGGGUAGCGAUGAUUUCCUGUGUGGUAAUGACACCUGGCUCUCCGCUGUGCUGGAAGAAUGCGUGCAUGAUCUCUGGGAAUUCUGGAGUGCCCUUCUCGGACUUGCCUCGAUCUGUUGUUUUCUCUUUGCUUCUCUACCUCAGAUGUAUGUGGCUUAUAAGAAUGGCAAGGUUGACCAAGCACUCUCUGUGUGGUUCCUACUUUGUUGGGUGUGCGGUGAUAUCACCAACUUUGUUGGUUGCUACUUGUCCAAUCAGCUGGUUAUUCAGACAGUUACAGCUAAUUUUUAUGUUACCCUCGACAGUAUGAUGAUCUCACAAUUUGUUUAUUAUAAACUGAAGAACAGGAAGGGCAGAUGUAAGCGGUGUUUUACUUGGUCAAAUUCUCUCUUGAAGUGGCUAUGUGUUGCCUGGGUUAUACUGUGCGUGGUCACCAUGAUGGCUACAUUACAUUUAUUGAAAAUAUCCUACCACAGCAGGAGUCCCACAAGACAAAUGGGUCCCUCCGACAGUGUUGAGUUUAUGGGAUAUUUAUGUGGCUACAUGUCCUGUUUAUUUUACCUUGGCUCCCGGUUUCCACAGCUCCAUAAAAAUUUCCAGAGACAGUCCACGGAAGGAACAUCCUACCUGCUCUUUGCUCUGGCGAUGUUGGGUAACACCACUUAUGGACUGAGCGUGAUAGUGAAAGUGCCUAAAAAUAAAGCAUCUGCUCAAAACUACAUCCUGCAUCACCUGGCCUGGCUCAUUGGCAGCUUUGGAGUUCUCUUGGUGGAUUUUCUCAUCACAGCACAGUUUAUCAUCUACCGCAGGCCAAGUAGGUUCUCGUCCCGCCCCGCUCCUGAAGUGGCACCGCUCCUCGACGGUGACGAAGACUAGAUUCAAGAGAGGCAGCGCGGAAGCAGGCCCUUCGGCCCACCGAGACCAUGCCGACCAGUGCAAGAGGGCGAAGAUCGAAUUGGGAGUGGGAGUUGGAUGGAAACGUAAAGUGAGGGAUACGUGGAAGCUCAGGAUCGCUCUUGCGGACUGAACAAAAGCGGCGAUCCGAUCUGCCUCCCAUUUUCCCAAUGUAAAUGAGACAUAACAUCAGCAAAGAAUGUCCAUUGUUAAAUCCAGGGACACAAACAGUCCCUUCAGGUCAAGCAGCAAUUCACUCUUUUCCUAAUUCCAAUCUCUGCUCAAUUCAAAUCUGUAUGAUUUUUCUGACGGGCAAUAACUAAACUGCAAAUAGCCACUGCCUCGCAGCGCCAGAGGCCCGGGUUCUAUCCUGACCUCAGGUGCUGCCUGUGAGGAGUUUGCACGUUCUCCCUCUGACCCCCAUGGGUUUCCUCCGAGUGCUCCAGUUUCCCCCCCACAUCCCAGAGACGUGCGGGUUCGUGGGUUAAUCAGCUCUCUGCAAAAUUGCCCCCUAGCAUGUCGGGAGUGGAUGAGAAAGUGGGAUAAAGUGGAACUAGUGUGAACGAGUGAUCGAUGGUCGGCGUGGACUCGGUGGGCCGAAGGACCUGUUUCCAUGCUGCGCUUCUAAAUUAAGCUAAAUUAAAGCACUUUUACAAACAAAAACGAAAGCUUUAUUUAUAGAUGAUAGGCAUAAAAUGGUGGAGUAACGUGGAGACAGGGCAGAGGUGACUGUAUUGAACCAGCGAAAAUCAAUAGGCCCGUACUCUGUCAUGCUGAGUAAACAUCAAAAUCUGAGUGCAAAAGUAAACUAAUGUUACUUCAAAACAUUACCCAAGAUGAUGCCCAACCCAGGCGUCUGUGCGCUAGUCACAGAGGUAGAUCUGCAAUCACCCAUUACAAUCACUCCACUCUUAAAUCUCUACUCCAACAUCAACAUUUAUCCUGUAUCUGUACGGCCUAAUUGUAAACAGGCACUGUCUUUCCGCUGACUGGUUAGCACACAACAAAAGUACAGCAGGCAGUGAAGAAAGCAAAUGGCAUGUUGGCCUUUAUAACAAGAGUAGUUGAGUAUAGGAGCAAAGAGGUCCUUCUGCAGUUGUACAGAGCCCUAGUGAGAACAAACCUGGAGUAUUGUGUGCAGUUUUGGUCCCCUCAUUUGAGGAAGGACAUUCUUGCUAUUGAGUGAGUGCAACGCAGGUUUACAAGGUUAAUUCUCGGGAUGGCAGGACUGUCAUAUGCUGAGAGAACGGAGUGGCUGGGCUUGUAUACUCUGGAGUUUAGAAGGAUGAGAGGGGAUCUUAUUGAAACAUAUAAGAUUAUUAAGGGUUUGGACAAGCUAGAGGCAUGAAAUAUGUUCCCGAUGUUGGGGGAGUCCAGAACCAGGGGCCACAGUUUAAGAAUAAGGGGUAAGCCAUUUAGAACGGAGACGAGGAAACACUUUUUCUCACAGAGAGUGGUGAGUCUAUGGAAUUCUCUGCCUCAGAGGGCGGUGGAGGCAGGUUAUCUGGAUGCUUUCAAGAGAGAGCUGGAUAGGGCUCUUAAAGAUAAGCGGAGUCGGGGGAUAUGGGGAGAAGGCAGGAACGGGGUACUGAUUGGGGAUGAUCAGCCAUGAUCACAUUGAAUAGCGGUGCUGGCUCGAAGGGCCAAAUGGCCUACUCCUGCACCUAUUGUCUACUGUCUAUUAUCAAUUUUCACUGUACCUUGGUUGCAGGAGCUUGGGGGUGGGCUUUUGAUAUAUGUAGAUAAACGGUACAAACAGCGAACUCACAGGGAGUGGUCAACUCAGACUGGAGCCGGCACGGGAGAAGGAAGACAGUUUUUACCAGAUCAGAUAGUAGGAACGGAAAGCUACAAUUUGUAUAAGAAUAAAGAGGAUCUGACACGUUCACUUCUUUGUUUGUACAGCUACUUCAAUAAAGAUUCAAUGAAACUGGAAAGAA